AUGUUUGUAGCUGCAACCAUGUCCUCAUCGUCACCCCAGGACAAUUCGCCUUCGCUUCCUCCCGCGUCUUUCUCCACCCCUCCAGGACAUGCGGAAAUAACUGUCGAUGGGCAGCGUGUCAUUUCUCAACUCAAGAACACCGUAACGCUUGGACGUGUGUCGUCAAAGGCGAAUGGCGUUUCGACAAUCGCUCAAGGAUUGGCCACCAUUCAGCUUGGGCCUACCAACUUGUUGAACUCCCUUGGUCAUCGCACCACAGGGGAUGUUGCCGCGGACGUUGAUCAUGGACCACGUGACGCCAGCGAUGGCAGAUCCAUAUCGUCGGGCCCUCCGUCGAAAUAUGGAUUCAGGAAACGUUUGUCGAGACUUUUCAAGGGUGACCCUAAAGUCAAAGAGUCUGUUUCCACUUCGUCUGCCUCGUCAGCAUCCUUUACGCUCGUUGGAACUGAGGAACGCAUCCAGUCUGCCGUACCUGACCGUAGCGCCAUGCCUAUAUCGUUGGGACUGCACUCACCAGCACAUUCCACUGAAAUGUCGUCCACGCCACUCGUUGUUCUAGAUACUCAGAUGCAACAGAAUCCUGCUGCGUAUGGAACCCUCCGUGUAGACAUCUUCCCCGAAAACGUUAUCAAACCCACCUACAAGACCGACUUGCCCAAGCCGCAUGCUCGUGUUGACAAGACCCCGCAGCUUGUCUACUGCUGCAGUCUCCUCUCCAAGGCUCCAGGACCGUUGCUACCAACCUCGGACAGCAAUGUCAACCAGGAUUCGCCUCUCGACGACAAAGAGAAGAAAUGGGUGCAGCUCAUUGAUCCCGUCUUACAGGACCGAUAUCAAAGGCUCGUUGAGCAUUUGGUCAAGGCGUUCGAUGACCACCAUCUCAAGGAAUCUGAUGUGGUCACCGAGGUUGUUUUUGUUGGUCCCGUCCUUGACCGUGACACCUACCGCAGCUUGCUCUCUUGCUUCAUCUCCGAAUUUGAGCAGACAAUACCGCUGGAUGACAUUCUGCUCCAAGGCCUUGUGCAACUGGUCGAGUGCGCCUCAUCUGGAUACCUUGUUGACGAUGAUCUGGUCAGGAUCAUCACCGUUCUCUCCAAGGAGCUGUCGAUUACCCACAUUGGCACGAGUGACCAUCCCUUGCACCUGACACUGUCGCUCGCUCGAGUCCUUGAUGUGAUGGUGACUGGCAAAGUCAAGGACCUGAACCGUGAUCGAGACCAUCAGCCGAUGCUACAACUGCUGGACGGUCUGAAGGACAGCGACAGUGUUGUCCAGAGGUACGAGGCAACCUAUGCUUACCAGGCCCUCCAGUAUGCACCCGAUGACGAGACUCCGCUCCAGGUGCUGUGGAGAUAUGCAAAGGUAGUAGCGGCAGGCGCAGGUGCAGUGUCGAGUGUUUUCAAGUUGGAUCCAGAGGGAUUCCUCAAAGGCAUCGAGAGUCUUCAAGAGAUUGGCGAAGGAGUCGUGGGAGCUGUCAGUACUGGAAUUGAGGUUGUUGACACCCUUCGUGUUGGUGCUGGUGAGGCCGUCCGGGCGUCGGAGAACAAAUUCGACUUUAUGAAGAAGCGCUCGUGGUAUCUCGCCCUUCAAGGAACGGCUCUCUUUAUUCGACAGGGACGGCUUUCGGACUUUAACCUUGUCGUCAGCCAAGCGCCUUGCCGCAACAACCCCAACUUUCAAUGGGGAAUCUGUCGCCAGGUCGGAGAGAUUGCCGUCGAUCCGCUCUGGGAUGUUCUUGUCCGCCAGCAGGCCAUCGACUUUCUGGGUGAACUGUACAGAAGCAGCUCUGACUGGAAACCGCAUGUCGAUGUCAAACGCUGGAUCCUGACCAUUCUCAUCCAGAUCUCGGAGCUGUCAGAUGUGUCUGUCAAGGAUCGCGCUGUUGCUUUACUACUAGACCUAAAAAGCGGCGGUAUCGACGAGUGUCCUGGCUCUUUUUCGCUUAGCAGACGCCUCCCUCUGCCGUCAACCUCCCCGCUUCUUGCUAAGGUCCAAGAGAUCCCAAAACUCGAGUACGACCUGCACGUCUUGAAGUUGAUGAGGAUUGCCGACUACAAACAGGCGGUUUACAUCGACCCCAUGGCCAAACUCAACCUCCAAGACACAGACGACAAUCUCUUCCCUCUCAUGGACAAGGUCAGGGACUUUCUUGCCAGCGACUCUCAGGUCAUGCUUGUUCUUGGCGACUCGGGGGCGGGUAAAUCGACAUUCAAUCGACACCUGGAACACGAACUCUGGCAGGAGUACAAGGCAGGAGGCCGCAUCCCGCUUUUCAUCAACUUGCCAUCCCUCGAGCGACCAGAGAAGGAUUUGGUUGUGGAGCAAUUGAGGACCCACAACUUUUUGGAGGACCAAAUCCGCGAGCUGAAGCUGCACCGCAAGUUUAUGUUGAUUUGUGAUGGAUACGACGAGAGCCAGCUUACAUCCAAUCUGCAUACUACCAACCUCUUUAACCGAUCUGGGCAGUGGUAUGUCAAGCUGCUCAUUACUUGUCGCACGCAGUAUCUCGGACCGGACUAUCGGGGUCGCUUUGAGCCCAAGGCGGUGGACCAGUAUGCUCGUGUCGCUAACGAUCUUUUCCAGCAAGCCGUCAUCGCCCCAUUCAGCAGGGAACAGAUCGAGGACUAUGUAGAGCAUUAUGUUCCUCUCGAACCGCGCACCUGGGUCAAGAAGGACUACAUGGACAAGCUGGAGGCGAUCCACAAUCUAAUGGAUCUGGUCAGGAACCCGUUCCUCCUUACCCUGUCACUGGAGGCCCUUCCUACGGUCGUGCAAGGGAAAACCGACCUCUCCAGACUUCGAGUGACUCGUGCGGAACUGUACGACACCUUUGUGAGGCACUGGAUGGGUGUCAACAAGCGUCGUCUGCAAGAUCAAAGGCUGGACAGGGAGAACCAGAUGGCGUUUGACUUCCUCUGUGCCGACGGGUUCGAGCGCCACGGUAUUUUGUACCAGAUGGAUCUGGCGACGUCCAUCUUUCAGAAGCAGGAGGGCAGACCUGUCGUUGACUACUCUCAUAUGCGAGACUGGAAGACGUGGAAGGCUCAAUUCUUUGGUCUUGAUCCUACGAGGGCGCUCCUUCGAGAUGCCAGUCUGCUGAGUCGUGUGGGCAACCAAUACCGCUUUGUCCACCGGUCCGUCUUGGAAUACUUUUUCUCUUGCACCAUCUCUGGGCCCACCAAAGGGCAUGAUGAAUUUGAUCCGCCUGUCCAUUCCGAAACAUCCGCCGCCUCACCAACUAUCGGCGCCCAUCCGCUGUCUCAGAGGAGCCUUGUCGUAGAGCCCUCGAUCAUCCAGUUUCUGGCGGAGCGCGUGCAGCUGGACUCUGGAUUCAAGGAUGAGCUCGUCGCCAUCAUUGAGCUAUCCAAGUCCGACGACCAAGCAGCCCAAGCCGCUGCGAACGCCAUCACGAUCUUGGUCAAGGCAGGAGUGCGAUUCAACGGAGCCGAUCUUCGGGGUAUUCGAGUUCCCGGAGCGGACAUGUCUGGAGGCCAGUUCGACUCGGCACAACUGCAGGAGACUGAUUUGACAGGUGUCAACCUCACCAAGAGCUGGAUUCGUCAGGCGAACUUCACCAAGGCGCAGAUGGAGGGAGUUCAGUUCGGGGAGAUGCCGUACUUGAAGGAGGAUAGAGGGGUACAAUCGUGCGCCUAUUCGCCUGACGGAACAGCGCUCGCUGUAGGUCUUUUCAGAGGACGCAUCAACAUUUACGACACCUCUAUGUGGACAAUGACCCGCACGUUUGAAGGGCAUCAAGAGUGUGUAAACAGCCUCGCCUAUUCGCCAACCGGUCUCCAACUUCUUUCAGGCAGUGACGACAAGACAGUGCGAUUGUGGGACUGCGUGAGUGGGUCGUGCGUUUUUGUUCUGGAGGGGCAUACCAACGAAAUAUGGACUGUGGCGUUUUCACCCUCUGGCAAGCAGGUCGCGUCGGGAAAGGACUCAACUGUGGGACUAUGGGAUGUUCAGACAGGCGCCAAUCUAUUCAACUUGACUGGUCAUACUGGAUGGAUUCGUAACAUCUCCUACUCACCCGAUGGAUAUGCGGUCGUGUCUGUUGGCGGCGAUGAGAUGAUCCGGUUCUUUGACACACAGACUGGACAGCCAGGAGAAGUCUGGGAGAGCCAAAGUAGUGGGAUGAAUAGCGUCGCAUACUCCCCUGGAGGCCUAGAGAUCGCCGUCGGGUGUCGUAAUGGCGAGUUACUGCUCUACAAUACAACUACCGGCAAGCCAACGAGGAGUUGGAAGGCUCAUAACGAAGAAGUCUCGGGUGUGAGCUUUUCACCGAACGGCCAGUGGGUCGCCACAUGCAGCGAUGACGGCACGGUGAAGGUCUGGAGUGCAGCAACAGGUUCGGUCCUGUCCGUCUUUACAGGUCAUAGCGACAGGGUGACACAGGUAGACUUUUCGCCAACCGGACUCCAACUUGCCUCAUGUAGUUCUGACGGCACCAUUCGACUCUGGGACGUGAGCUCAUUGGGUACAAGCAUGGAUGUGGAGGGUGGAUCGGACCCGUUGACGAGCGUACUUUUUUCUCCAGACGGUCAAGUUCUCUUCUCUGGUUCCAAUUCGGGAGAUGUGCGGCAGUAUGAUGCAGGAUCUGGAGAGUCUGGUCCUUUCUUUGUUUGCGGAGACAAUCCUGUCGAGUGCCUAGCGGUCUCCCCGGAUGGUCUUCGAAUCGCGUCAGUUGGAACGUGCGACGAAUUCGUCAUUGUGUGGGACAUUGGAGCAGGUCAAGCCGACGUUGUCCUGUGCGGUCACACAGAACAGGUGGAAGCCUUGGCAUUUUCAGAGGACAGCCGCUGGAUUGCUACCGGCGGUGACAACUUUACAGUGCUACUUUGGGACGCUCGCUCAGGGAUACUCGACCGCGUGCUUGAAGGCCAUACCGGUUCUGUUGUUUGUUUGAUAUUUACGUUAGAUAGUCGUCGAAUUUUGUCAGGAGCUUGGGAUGGAACUAUUCGAGCCUGGGAUUUGAACAGUCACGAGUGUAGUGUCGUUGUGGAUGGUGGCUAUGAUAUAGUACGUUGGGCGUUAUCAACUUCACCUGGUGGCUUGAAGGGUGCUUGUAAACGCUUUAAUGGCUAUACUAUGAAGCUUUGGGACAUGGAGAACGGGCAUUGGCAACAAACGCUAGAGCACAAUGACAAGGUACAAUGCUUUGGGUUUUCGUCCUGUGGGCAAUGGAUGGGUGUAGGCCUGCGCCGUUCGGUUUGGCUGUGGAAUUUCGUCCCUGAAGCGUCGGUGGAAGGAGGAGGAGGAGGAGGAGGAGGAGGUGGAGAGUGGGAGUGUUCGGUGUUUGUCCAAGAUAUCUUUGGAGCUGUCAAGAGCAUCGCAUGGAAACCCCAAGCACUGGAGUUUAGUAUCGGAUGCGAUAAUGGGUCUCUUCAAGUGUGGAGAUUGGUGGAGACGUCGUCGUCGUCGCCGUUGGAUGCAUGGUCGGCCCAGUUGGUUUGGAGCGCUGGAAACCCUGUUCUAGCUGCCUCGGAUGUCGUUUUUACUGAUGCUGUUGGUCUCUCUUCAGCCAAUCAGCAAUUACUCACUCAGCGCGGCAGGGCGCCGCUUGAAAUUGCUACUGAUGGCGAAUGGCGCGCCGAUUAA